UGUUUGAGUCUGAGUGUCCUUAGUGCAGCCGCCCAGAGAGGAUAGAGUUAGUAAAAUAAAUCGUAAAUUUCUAAAUCGAAGAUGGCAAAGAAAUCCUAUGAUUUGUUGUUCAAGUUACUGCUCAUCGGGGAUUCGGGUGUCGGAAAGACAUGCAUUCUUUUCAGAUUUUCCGACGAUGCAUUCAACACAACUUUCAUUUCUACAAUUGGUAUUGAUUUCAAAAUUAAAACUAUUGAACUUCAAGGAAAAAAAAUAAAACUCCAGAUAUGGGACACUGCUGGCCAAGAACGAUUCCACACCAUCACAACUUCUUAUUACCGUGGAGCAAUGGGUAUCAUGCUUGUAUAUGACAUCACCAGUGUGAAAACAUUUGACAAUAUUGCAAAAUGGCUCAGAAAUAUAGACGAACAUGCAAAUGAAGAUGUAGAGAAAAUGAUUCUUGGAAAUAAGUGUGAUGUGGAAGAUAAAAGAGCAGUCAGUAAAGAAAAAGGAGAAAUGAUUGCCAGAGAACAUGGAAUUAGGUUUAUGGAAACAUCAGCCAAAGCAAACAUCAACAUUGAGAGUGCUUUUUAUGAACUGGCCCAAGCAAUCCUGACCAAAACUUGUGGACGGGAGCAGACUGAAGCGUUAGAUCGCGUUCCAUUAGAAGGGGGACGCAAUGACCGCCAAUCGAAUCGGUGCUGUUAGUAGAGUUAAUAAACACAAAAUUCUUCUUCAAUUAUUAAGCGCCCAAUUAAACAUGGAUGUGAUCAACGUGGAAGUUCCAUGCGAUUCGGCCGGUCAUUUUUGUAAUCAACAAGGAAAAGAAGAAAAAAAAUAUUGUUUCUCCUGUUUCGUCAAAACGUUCAAAAGAUUAUACAAUUGAAAGCUGGCGACCGAGUGAAGAAACUUCAAAUCCGUCUAACAUGUCUUCUUUCACCUGAUUAAAAUCUAAGUAACAAAGGUUCAAAUUUGGCAGUUGGCUUUAUUGCUCGACUCAAAAAUCCGAUUUCCAUUUUCAAUAAUCUUGCCUUGUACCAAACUACUCUUUAACGGUCUGUGAAAAAAUUUCUUCUUCUCCGAAUUUAUUUCAAUACGUGGCAUGCCACGAAAAUUUUUCCUCUUCUUUCUGCAUGGGUGACUUCGUUGUUCCAAAUUAAAUUGAUACAAGAAAAGGCGACCUUUCCCUACUGUUGGCCCUGUAACCUGCUGCGCUUAACCACAAAUUCAUUCAAAAUUUC